ACUGCUCUCUUCCUAUUUAGGAAAAUACUGCUUGUAGUGCACUUUAACUUAGCGUAUCUUAGGUAUGUUUUCUUAUUUAGGGGUUACUGUGGCCCAGGCGCUGCCCUAGACCCCGGGGAGAGGCCGUGAGCCAUCCAGACGAUUUCCUGCCCUGAAUUGGAGAUGGGGGCUUGUCCAGGGGUCGGGGUGGGGAGACGAGAUAAGGUUCGUAAGGUGUUUUCAGAUGUGAUGACAAAGACAGGGUGAGGUGGAGAGUAGAAUGGGACGACCUUGGGAUUUAGGGUCGGGAAGGACCACUCCCAGCCGGUGACUCGAGUGGAGAAAACCCCGCGAUGGUCUGACCCUGCGCCCAGGCUGACGGAGGCUGGAGAAACACACACGGUAUCCUUGGACACACUUAAGUUCGUGACCAGGCACCUCAAGUGACCCCUUGGUGUCCCCAGGCAGUCACCUCCGCACGUCCACAGCCCCGUGCCUCCCACUUAGGCUCCUCUCCAAAAGGUCUCUCCCAAACCUCCAGCAUUCCUUCCUGUCUUCUCUCAGCUGAAGCCUCGCGUCUUGUUUCUCUGAGAGAACGGAAACCUCAGAGAAUGUUCCAGCACACCUGCCUUUGUCCUAGCCAGUUACACGUCUGUGCUGCAGUCUCAGGCUGAGCCCUCUACCGGGGCCCUGGUUUCCGACCUCGUUUGCUUGAGGUGCCCCAGAGCUUUCCAGCCUGUAGCCAAGGUGGAGGCCAUUGGUUUCAUAGAUCUGAAUCCAUUUUUACCUUUCGAGCUUCACCUCCUCUUCUGCUCCUUCAUUGACUGGGUUUUCCCCACGUUGAUGCUGUGUGGGUGUUCUUCCCCCCGCCCCGCCAUCUGUGCCCUUGAAGACACCCGCAGUCAGGGACCAGAGGCAGCCGGAGGCCCAGCAGGUAGACUUCCCUUCAGGAAGCCUCCCCACAGCCUCUUCCGCUGCUCCCAUUUGCAUUUAUAUUACUUCUGGCGGUGGUGAUCGCUGUGUUUCCUAGGUGACAGCUCCUUUGUUCACUCGUGCCUUCGACACGUGUUGUAGCCCCGGCCUGGUACUCUGCUACACCUUAGGACCUAGUUCAGAGCAGUGACAGACCUUGUCCUCCUGUAGCUUGGCGUCUAGAAGGAGGUAGGAGAGGUUGACUUGCAGUAAGAAUAUCCCCAGAUGGUUGAGUGGACGUUUGUCCAGGUGCUGUGAGGACGUGGGAAAUGGGAUGGCUGGGGAUUUCAGGGGAAGGCCCUCAGCUGUGUCAGCAUUUGAGCAGAAAUUGGAAAGACGAUUCAUCGAGUUUGCCUGAUGGUGAGCCACAGAGGGGACCGGAAAGGGAAGAGCUUUCAGGACAGUAAUGAUGACACCGAAGAUGUUUCCCUGUUUGAUGCGGAAGAGGAGACAAGUAACAGACCGAAAAAAUCCAAAAUCAGACACCCAGUGGCAUCAUUUUUCCAUUUAUUCUUUCGAGUCAGUGCAAUUAUAGUCUAUCUGCUCUGUGAAUUGUUCAGCAGCAGCUUUAUUGCCUGUAUGGUGACAAUUAUCUUAUUGUUGUCAUGUGACUUUUGGGCAGUCAAGAACGUCACAGGUAGGCUGAUGGUUGGCCUGCGCUGGUGGAACCACAUUGAUGAAGAUGGAAAAAGCCAUUGGGUGUUUGAGUCCAGGAAGGCCUCCCCUCAAGAGACUAGGACUGUUUCGGAGGCCGAGUCAAGGAUCUUCUGGUUGGGACUCGUUGCCUGUCCGGUGCUGUGGGUGAUCUUCGCCUUUAGCGCCCUCUUCUCCUUCAGAGUGAAGUGGUUGGCGGUGGUCAUCAUGGGUGUGGUGCUGCAAGGUGCCAACCUGUAUGGCUACAUCAGGUGCAAAGUGGGCAGCAGGAAGAAUUUAACCAGCAUGGCCACGUCCUACCUUGGGAAGCAGUUUCUAAGACAAACCACAGGAGACGAUCAGACAUCCUGAGGGGACAGAGGGAGCCUGCCUGUCCUUCACUUUGGGAACAGCUGAGCCUUUCGAACUCAGUGCAUAUUGCAAGGAGGAGUGUUGGGUUUGUUUUUCCAUUAGAAAAUUUUCUUUCAAAAAAAAAGUAGGCUUCGUAUUAAGUUUUUACUUCCUUUUAGCCUUUGGGGCUUGAAGGUGUGGCGUGGCUGGAAACACCGUCGGCGCUUGGGCCGUGGUUUGCACCCGCGCACCUGUGGUCCCCUGGGCCCUGCGUCUUAGGUUGACACAGUGGUUGCGCCCCUGUCUGUAUGGAAUGGAGACCUUCGGCUGUGGUCUGUAGACCACAGAGGGUGUCCUUAGUCUGUCUCAGAACUGUGUGUUUACCUGCUCUUUCUAGACAUUAUUUUCAGAAGGUUUUUUUUUCCAUGGUAAGAGUGGGCCCUUUGGCUUAUAGAUAAGCUAGAAAUAAUUGUUUAUUUUACAUUAAUGUAUACUUCAUGAUGAAACUUCUUAUCCUAGGUAUUCACAUCGUAGGCAGGUAAAAACCAAAUUUGGGCUGUUGGUGUUAACUACUUUUAAAAUUUUUAUUUUUUAUUUGUAAUGAGUUGUGUACUUAAGGCCCAAUUAAUAUAAAAGCGAUUUUCAUAGUUUAUUCUUAAGGGAUACCUGGGGAUUGCUGCUGUUGUAUUUAUUUUUUGGAUAGGUAGCUGAUUUUACUUUGGAACACCCCGGAAGCUCUUCGGUGGUCCUUGGCCUAAUGAACUCUUUUACCACUAAAAGAGUAUUAUUCUUAUGUCACAGUGAGAAUAAUCAUUUAAAAUACUUGGCAUUAUAAAUGCCUAAAAGACGUUUUAUCUUAUCUAUUUUUUUUUUCUUGCUAUAAUGGAGAUAUUGGAAAUCAGUGCAUUUGUAUUAAUGGGUAUUUCUUAAAGCAAUAUAUGUAACAGUCUGCAAACUCUUGUAGGCAUCUGUAAAUUCCGUUGUAGGUGCUGUAAACUUUGUUUUAAUCAACAGAUUAUUUUGUGACUGUAUUUAUACAUUGUUAUAAAAUUUUGAAGAUGUUUUGUUUAA